UUUAUUUGACAUGACACAUCUUUUAUUCGAGUGUACUUUAUUAAAAUAAGAAAAAAUUAAAUAAUAUAUUUACGGUUGUAGUUAAGAAUAAUAAAUAUGUUAUCGUCUAAAGGCGAAAAUCAAUACGACAACAUUAAGAUUCUUGCAGACACAUUAAAAAAUGAUUUUAAAUCUUUGGCCUAUGAAACCAGAAAAAAGUAUCCGAACAUUAAAGAAUCCUGCGAAGAAGCAAUUGUUAAGCUAAAUAAUUCUGUUUAUGACCAACAAUCAUCCAUAUAUUAUAUGGUUAAUCAAAUAUUGUACCCCUUAAUACAAGGAUGUGAAACUAAAGAUAUAAAAAUUGUAAGAUUUUGUUUGGGAAUGAUGCAAAGAUUAAUAACCCAACAAGUAGUUGACCAAAAAGGUGCUUUAUAUAUAACAGAUGCUCUAUGGAUGUUAAUGGAAAAUAAUGUUGAGGAAGUAAAAUUAAUUCAAACAGUUACGUUACUUUUAACUACAAACUCUGUGGUUCACGGUGAAACUCUUGCGAAAUCUAUGGUUUUGUGUUUCCGAUUAUAUUAUUCAAAGAAUCCUACAGUAUCAAAUAUAUCGGGUGCCACAAUAAGACAAUUGGUGUCUUUAGUAUUUGAAAGAACAUCCCAAGCAAUAAAAAAUUUGCCUAAACAAAACAUUGAAAACACCCAAUCCACUGAAAAUAAAGGGGAAGAAAAUGAGGUUGAAAAUUGUACUGCAGAUGCAUUUUUGUUAUUUCAAGAUUUAAUUAAGUUAAUAAAUUCUGAUCAACCUGUAUGGCUUUUUGGCAUAAAAGAAAUUUCAACAACAUUUGGUCUUGAAUUAGUCGAAAUCAUAUUAAACAACUACAGUAAUAUUUUUUUUGAAAUACCAAAAUUUACAAUUUUGUUAAAAGAACAAGUUUGUGCUCUUAUUAUAAAAUUAUUUUCCCCAAAUAUAAAACAUCGAGCUACUAGUGCUAUGUAUAAUACUACAAUUGCAGCUGAUAAACCGCACUUUGCUUUGAGCGUUAGAUUAUUGAGAGCAGUUUCAAUAUUGGUUCAGAAAUUUCAUUCCAUUUUAGUAACAGAAUGUGAAAUAUUUCUCUCGUUAAUAGUUAAGUUUUUGGACUUAGACAAACCAAAUUGGCAAAGAGCGUUAGCUCUAGAAGUUGAACAUCAAAUGAUUGUUCAGCCAAAAUUAAUUACAUGUUUCUGUAGAUCUUAUGAUAUGAAAGAUCAUGCAACUAAUAUUCUAGAAGAUAUGGUUACGUCUUUUAGCAUAUUUAUAAGAGAUCUCUUAAAAAAUUUUAUACAAACAGCUUUUAACAACCAACAAACAAGUUCACAAAAUUCAAUUUCAUCUACUACAAAUCUGUCUAAUCAAUGCGGAUUUUCUGUUAGUGGAAUUUGGAUACCUCUCUUGUUUCCUUAUUCACCAGGAAAGUGCAAAGCAACUUAUUUAGAAAUGUUAGAUAAAAUUGAGCCGCCAUCUGUAGCAGAAGGUUAUGGAAUAACAUUAACAUAUGCAGCUGUUCUCGAUAUUGUGAGAUCAAUACGUUUAAUUAUAGAUAACAAUAGUAGCAGUUCGGACAAGAAAUCUAAAAGUGAUCUUAAUAGCGACCUCGAGCUUAAUUGUCAGCUAAUCAAAUCUACUUGGACUGGGUUAUUGUCAGCUUUUAUUUGUCUCUUAGAUGCUGCAGCUGAUGAAUCGACAAUUUCCCGAAUAUUAAAUGCUAUGCAAGAUUAUUUAGUACUUUGCGGAGCGUUAGAACUUUUUGAUGCUCGAGACGCUUUUAUUACAGCAAUUUGUAGAUCAGCGUUUCCGCCUAGUUAUGGCAGCACUAUUGUAAACAUAAUUAAUCAUGAUAAUAAUAGUACAAAUAAAUUUAAAAAUAUGGAUAUUAAUUUACACGGAAAUGAUAAUUUUAAUGAAACGGAUUUCCGUAAUCAACUUCAAAAUUCCGUCACGCAUUCGCAGUCUGCUCUUUUGGCUGCAAGUGUAACGCAAGGACCAGUUAUGUUAAGUGCAAAAAAUUUGCAGUGCAUGAAAGCGGUUCUAAACCUUGCUAAUCAUAAUGGAAGUAUUUUGGGAUCAUCGUGGCAUAUAGUUCUCAUAACCUUGCAAAAUUUGGUUUGUAUUUUAGGUUUAAAAUUGUCUACCGGUGGAGGUUUACAGAUUACAAAACCACCAGCUGAAAGUAAUAUAGGGAUUCAGACAGCAGUAAUGGCAGAUUUGCCUAUAAUUUCCCAACUUCUAAGCGAAGUAUUCGAGUCAAGUAAGAAUUUAGACGACGUCGCUUUGCAUCAUUUGAUAGAUGCGCUCUGUAAACUAAGUUGUGAAGCAAUGGAGUUGGCUUAUUCAAAUAGAGAACCGUCCCUAUUUGCGGUAGCAAAAUUAUUAGAAAUAGGGCUUGCCAAUAUGUUUAGAAUUGAGACUAUAUGGAGAUCUUUAACAAACCAUUUAUUGGAAGUAUGUCAGCAUAGACACAUUAGAAUGAGGGAAUGGGGCGUAGAAGCUAUUACAUACUUAUUGAAAGUUGCUUUGCAGUACCAAUAUCAAACUCCUCUUAAAGAAAACAUGGUACUGCAAACAAUGCUUUUAAGCCCGUUAUGCCAACUAUCAUGCGUACCUCAUGGAGAUGUCCGUCAACGCCAAUUAGAGUGCGUCUUGCAGAUUUUGAAUUCUUCUGGAGAAAUAAUAUCUUUCGGUUGGCCUGUAAUUUUAGAAAUUAUUGGGGCUGUAAGUGAUCAUCAUGGCGAACCACUAAUAAGAACAGCGUUCCAAUGUUUGCAACUUGUCAUAACAGAUUUUUUACCAAUAAUGCCAUGGAGAUGUCUUCCUUUGUGCAUAAACACUGCAUCAAGGUUUGGCUCUCAAACGCAGGAAUUGAAUAUUUCUUUAACAGCUAUUGGAUUAAUGUGGAAUAUUUCAGAUUAUUUCAAUCAAAAUCAGGAAAAGUUAAUUCAGGCUGAAGUUGGAGAAAUUUAUGUCUUACCAGAUUUCCCAGGAAUCGUUAAUAUUCCGCAAUUUGAUAAAUUAUGGAUGUGUUUAUAUGCCAGAAUUGGAGACUUAUGUGUUGAUUCUAGGCCUGCUGUCCGAAAAUCUGCUGGCCAGACUUUAUUUUCUACUAUUUCUGCACAUGGAACUUUACUAAGCUCGCAAACAUGGCAAGCUCUUGUUUGGAGUGUGUUGUUUCCUUUACUUGAUAAAGUACGAAGUUUAUCUAGUACAGCUAGUAAUGAAAAAGUGGACACAAGUGGAAAUAUUUUAAUCCAUCAUUCUAGAAAUACAGCUCAAAAGCAAUGGGCUGAAACUCAUGUUUUAAUUUUAUCUGGAGUAUCACGAGUUUUCAAUGCACAAAAAAAUCUUUUACAAAUGUUGGGGGAUUUUUCCCGAGCCUGGUCCUUAAUGUUAGAAUUUAUUCAAAAUGCAGCUUUAAACAGAAUUGAUGAGGUAUCAUUAGCAGCAUUAAAAUCCUUUCAAGAAAUAAUGUUUUAUACUUGUGAUAAAAGAGGCAGUAAUAAGAUUGAAAUAAAAAGCGAACUGGAUGCAAAAAUAUGGAAUGAGUCUUGGAAAACUUGGUUAAAUAUCGGAACAGAAUGCGUACAAUACGUAGAACAUAAUGCAAAUUCUAAUGAAUUUUAUAUACCAAAUCAAGCUUUUUUGACAGCAUUAAUUCAAAUUUUUCCAGCUAUUUUCCAAAAUAUCCGAACCCGGUUCUCUUUUGAUGAUUUUAAUAACCUCAGUAACGUGCUUACAAAUGUCAUAGAGAUACCAUAUCAAAGUGAUUCUGUACCGUAUAUAAUGACCACUUUAUCUGAAUCUGCUUUAACUCCGUUACACGAUGCAGUCCUGGAUUCCAUUGAUUUGAUUCAAAAGGAAGCAACUAAUGAUGGUUCAAAAAUUCGUUAUUUAAUACCAUCUCUCUUCAAACAGCUAUUAUCAUUUAGCAAAUUAUCCUGUAUUCAACCAACACAAUUGGAAAAUAAAUUAAGAAAUGAUCAUUCUGGGUAUGCAAAUUUUCCAAGCGUUGAAACAACAUGUGUAAACUAUAUUCCUUUUGGAGAAAAAGCUUUCACAUUAGCUGUAAAAUUAUACAAAAAAACUGCAACUGAUGAAGAUGUUAUUAAAGAACAUAUUUUAGAGAAUAUUAUUCAAGCAUUGAAAAUUCCACUCGCCCUAAAAUAUAACUGUUUGUCAUCAAGUACGUGGAAGUUAGCUAUUUCAAGUUUAUUUGAAGUAUUGCAAACUGGUUUAAAGGUAGCACGAACUCGUCCAAAUGAUUUUACUGAAAUGUGGAAUGUUUUAGCCGAAACAUUUGACAAAUUUUUAUUUCCAACAAGUGUUUGCACAAUAGAAGAUCGGGGACUAGAAGAAAUUGUUUUGGAUGAAACCAUAGAUUGCCAAGUCAUCGAAUUAAUACGAGAAGAGAUUUUACCAUAUUCUCAUGAAAUACCCCAUCAAUUUAUAAUAAAAAUUGUCGUAAUUUUAAAUAAAGGUUCUAUACAUUCCGCCGCUGAGACUUCAUUAUGCUGCGAAUCUGAUUGGAAGUUAAGAGAAUUAUUUGCAAAAACUUGUUUCGAAACACUAUUGCAAUUCUCAUUAUUGAUUGAUUCUAGUAAUAAUAAUAAUUUUAAUGAAAACAUCAAUGGCAAUACAAAUAAUAGUAAUAAUUGUGUUAAUGCAAAAGAAGAUUUUGCAGGUCGUUUAGCUAUAACUGCCCUACUUCAUAGAUUUCAAGAGGUGUUAAAACGUUACAAUGAUGAUGAGCGUCAUAGUGGGAAAUGCCCUUUACCGCGUUAUAGACUUUCAGAAAUUUCAUUUGUUUUAAAAGCUAUUGAAACAUUAAUUUCAUCAAUGAAAAAAUCUCCACCAAGUAAAGUAAACAAAACUGCUUGGAAUCAGAUAAUUGCAUUAUAUCCAUUCUUAGUUGAUUGUACGGUUACAACGUCUCAAGAAGUAUCCAGGGCAUUAAGAGAAACACUAUUACAAUAUGCAGAGUUAUUACACACACCGAAAUUGCACGAAAGCACGGCCACAACAACAACAUUACCAUUAUCUGGGGAAAGUGUAUCAUAACUAUAUGAGAAUGAUGGUGCUAUAUCCAACCGAAGGCUAAUUUGAUCGUAGAAAAAGGUCUUCACUGUUUUUUUUAUUUUACUGUUUUCACUACACAUACACUAGAAUGCGAAUAAUUUGUAAACCAUAAUUUGAACGGUGUUUAAAUUUUAAAGGAAGUUGAACUAUCCUUUUUUUAGAUGCAAGUAUUAUUAACUAAUAAAUAAAUUUAAAGUAAAAUAUUGUUCACAAUGAAAAAAACAACUUUUAACAUAAUUUACAGAAUAAAAUAGAUAAUCGG